CUUGACGACUGCUUCAGACAUCAGAAUGAUUCAUCUGACAAUCGUGCAGAAAUAGUGAUGGACCUAACUCGCUUUUUGUACGACCACAUUUCGGAAACAACGGAUAUGUUCAAGAAAAUACUGAUAUCCUCGCAACCUGUCCACUCUUCCCAACACAUCCUGGGUAUACAAAUGCAGGGGCAAAGGAUGAAAGCCAAGGCCUUUCUGCCAAGAGUUCACCAGAAGAGUUGGAUUCUCUAGAUGAUGACAGUCAAGGCGGGACGAGAUUGAAGGGCAUUCUCUGGCCUGGCAUGGACAUCUUUGACUCUGCGACCGUUGAGAUGAAGCGUAAAAGAAAUCAAAAGAAGGAUGGCUCGAUCUUGGAGCAAAUGAAGGUUAGCAGCCUUGAGGUUGAGCCAACCGAAAUGGUUUUUACCCCGAAAGGCUCCUUUAGCAAGCAAUACCUCAUAACGGGAUCAGCGGAUGAGGAUAGUCCUUUAUUGCGUCUGAAGACCCUGCCGAAAAAGGUCCGCCAAAAGAAAAAGAACGCAAAUGAAGGCCGAAAAGGCGCCUCACCUCGGAAGGUCACAAAAAAGAUUUCGAAAAAGAAGGCAAAAGAACUUGGACAGUUGUCCCAGCAGGUCUUGGCCAUGCUUGAAAACACACAAGAGCCCACUCCUGAAGUUGCGCAGCCUCAGUUCACUGCCGAUGAAAUGGAGGAGUUCAGGCUGACAGUGGGGAAUUUCCCACCGGAAAAGGAUCCCACCUUCACAAUCUUUGAGGAUGGCAAUAGUGAAGAGCUUGAGCAAUGCAAUAGUGCCUCUGCUCCGAUGGAAUUUGUACCAACGUAUGCCGGCAGCUCUCUCCCGGAAUAUCAUGAGACGGAGCAUUCGACCCAGAACCACGGCCUUUCACUCCUCAACUCAGAGUUUAUUCUGCCUCAGAAUUUCCAUUUUGCUCCAGAGGAGAUGAUUCCCUUUGUCGGCCAUAGAUCACAGUUUCCAGCCUUGAGGAAUACUUCAUCUCGCAUUCUUCCAAGUGAUAAAGAGAAUAUCGAACCUCAUGGCAGUCGUCAGGCAAAUGUAAGGUAUUGGCCCAACCAGACCUUUCCCGGAAAGGGGUUUCAAUCCUAUGAUUUCGACGCUGGUGCGAUCCAACAGUAUCUCACACAGAUGCCGGCUCACCACACUGAUAUGGAAAUUGCCAACGUUCACGGUUUUUAUGGACAGUCAGCUGCAUUCAACUUUCCGGGGACGAAUGCUCAAAUAUGCGCUCACACUGGUUGGCCAGACAAAAUGCCUCAAUCGAGUGAUGGGCUCACUUCUACUACUAAUCAGCAUGGCAACGCUGGGAAUAUUGGAAACCUAUCGAGAACCUCUGGCUGUACCACCCGAGCUACUCUUGCGCAAAAGAAGAAUGCUGUGACGGACAACGGCGCAGCAAACUCUGGGUAUCACCAACUCCCUUACUCAACUAUUCCUGGGUUGCAAGAACGAGCUGUCGAUAUGAAUACUUUUAAUUAUGCCGCUGCUGACGACAAUAAUAAUGACGCUAAUGCAAUGCACGAAAACGGUAACGACCUUAUCUUUUCAGGAAUCUAAGCGUCUUUGGAACAUCCAAGGUACUCUCGAGUUCCAACUUUUUCUCUGAUGACAACAAAAUUCCUUGCCAGUGUCACCCAUCCUAUUCGCUUUUCUCGCUUUUGUAUGU